ACUCAGGAAGGCACAAUGUUGUAUUUUCUUAUUUUUAUCUACAUCGUGGAAAUUUAAAUUAAAAUGUGGCAGCACUCUUAUAAACAGCUGCAACAUUUUGGCGCGUAUGUCGAAUUUGCUUUGUGACUUCAGAGUCUGAUGUUCUGCAAUUUUAAUAUAAGUUAUUUGUUUUUAUAUAAAUCAAUGCGAGUCAAUAAAGCUGUGCUUUUCUGUUAAGUAUAAAGUGUUAGAUUUAAAUUAGCUGUUGAGUAAAGCAGGGAAGAUGCGUUCGAACCAAAAGCAAACCACCGCUGUGGAUAGGAAAAAACGUAGCCGUAUUGCUGGAGAAUCUGAUGCAUCUUUUGGCAGUCCAGUUGGAAUUGAUUCUAUCAAACACAACUCUAGCCAAAAAACUAAAAGAAUGAGUAGUGUAAUUCGCAAGUUUGUUAUUAAACGCAAGAAUAGUGAGCCGCGAUUGGUGACGCCUCAUGUAUCGUCUCAAAAGGAGAGAGGACGAAACAAAACGUCGACUAACAUUGGAUCGAGCAGUAAAUCAUCAUCGUCUACGCCACGGAGAAAACGUGAUUUGUUAGCAAAUUUGCACUCUGAUUUGAGCCCAAAAUAUAUCGGAUUUAGGACCCCUCCAUCAUGCUCUACUAUGGUUGGCAAUGGCAGUGAAAGCGACGGUAGCUUACAAACGAGAAGUGCCCGCCGUCGCAAAUUGCAAGUAUCUACUGCUAGUCCCGAAUUAGUAGAUAGUGAUAGCGAAGUUUUAGCCGACACCUCCACAGCUUUACUAGGUUGUGUGAGACGUGCACAUAACGAAGCACUAACACCUUCCCCAAAUAGUUCAUCAGCGCGUAAAAAGUUUGAAAGUCCCAUUGAUAAAUUGCUUGCACGAAAUGGUUCAGUGGUGGUGGAUGAUAUUAGCAAAGAAAAAAUAGUGAAAAAUUUGGAUGAGAGCCUAAAGUCCAAAUUAACAACCGUGAAAAAUGAAUGUGAACUUGAAACAAAAGAAGAAUUCGAUGAAUUUCAGUGUGGGAUUUUCAGAGCCAAUAAUUUGACAGAUGUGGAGGAAAACCGAAACAUUUGUCAAACAAUAGUUUUAGGGACUGAGCAGAACAAGGAAUCUCCAGUAAAGGAAACAUCUCAACUGGUUAGCGAUGUAAAAAGUGAAAUAGUCUAUGAUGUACAGAAUGAAGUAGGGACAACAGCUGCCGCCCAAACAAAGGAAAUUAGUAGUAAAGAAAAAGAAGGAUAUUCAAAAAUUCCCGAUGAACAAGAACAUUCUGGUGAAAAUUUUGUUGUAAAUCCACUUGUAGCAGUUAAAAUUGAAAUUGAUAGUAUCGAAAAUACUGCGGAGGGCAAUUCAGAAAGCCUCGAAAAUCCCAAUGGCAGCGGGGAGGCAAAUCUGCAAUAUGACGGGGAAAGUGGGGAUAGUGGCGUUUCGUUGUUAUUACGCGAAGCAGUCGGCUUGAGCGCCAACUCCCCUUCCGCCUUUAGUUUAGAUAGCGCAAAAGGGUCAUCCGUAGUCACAGGAAUGGAUUGGAUGUCAUUUACAACAGGAGAUCUCUUCUGGGGGCAAAUAUUCGCCUUUUGUUACUGGCCUUGCAUCGUUUGCCCGGACCCUGAUGGUAAGACGAUAACUACUGAUCGCAACGAACGUACUGACGAGGAGUUUGUAUUAGUGCAUGUACGCUUCUUUGCCGAUAGUGGACGAAGAAAUUGGGUGAAACGUGACAAUCUUAUUCCCUACACUGAUCUAGAAAAUUACAAGCAACAAAUGCGCGAAAUACGUAGGAAGUAUGGCAAGGAUAGUCAACAAUACAAGUUACUUUUACCGAAAUCCGACAAAGUACUGAUUUGGCGAGAAGCAAUUAAAGAAGCAAAUAAGGUAGCCGAAAUCUUGCAUGAGGACAGAUUAAAGAAAUUAUUUGAAAUGUACGAGCAGAAGAAAGCCUUAAAGAAGCAACAACGAAGGCAACAAAGACAAAGAAAUUUAAGCGCAGACAACGGUAGCAGUACCAGUAGAUUUCGACACGACUCGAUGGAGAGUCGUAUAGUGAAGAAUCCCUUGGCUACAAGGAAACGUGCCCGUUCAACUUCGCCCUAUAGCCCGGCUUUUUCGCCUCUAAAACAAGUGUCUGAAAUCAAACGACGUAAAUUAAGUGAAACAUCAUCUGGAGAAUUGCAGGCGUCGGAAAGCUUGUGUGGAGAUAACACCGAAGCUCUUGAAAGUUGUAAACAUGAAGGUCCCGCUCAAAAAGAGAAUGAAGAAGUAAAUUCGUCCAGCUCGUUUACAUCCUUGCACGCAGAAGAGCUAAGCAGCAGUGAUGAUUACAGAAAUUUCUACAAUGCAAUGAAAGAAUUUGUAUUGCAAGAUAAUAAAGACGAUAUUUUGGAAAGAAGUUUGAUUGUUGCAGCUCGAAACAUUUGGGCCCUUAGGCAGAUUAAUCAACAACAAAUGCAGCGGAAAUUAUUGUCAAGCAAUAAUGAGCAAGAGUUGGGUUCUAGUCUUGUUGAAAGUGGUAGUGGUAAAGGUACUGUUAAGCGUCUUUCCAACAGAUUGAAAACUAUGAGGUACCGACAUAGUUUACCAGCUAAAAUUAAUGACUCCCCAUACACAGAAACAUUGGAAAAAAAGCAACGUGAUGAUCAAGAAGCCCGACAAAUUGAUAACAAGCCGAAGCGACAAUUGAAUCGACCCAUAGAAGAAGUUAUCGAUGAUAUAUUCAACUUAGAUAACAAGUACUUAUUUCGGGGAUUAGCUCAUGAUCCCGUUUGUAAGUACUGUCUUCGUCCGGGUGAUUCUUUGGUCAGGUGUGCCAAAGGUUGUCAAUCAUGGUUGCAUGCCGAUUGUGUUCGAAAAACUUCAAUUAAGGGAAAUAUUGAAAAAAGAAAUGGGCGCAGUAAAUCAGAAAGUAGCAAUUCAAGGCGGAAUUCGUCGAAAUGGUCCGUUGAUACAAAAAUGUCACUUGAAAAGCAAAGUACUCAAUCAAUCAUUGGUGAAGAACGAACUGCAAGUUCAUCGUCACUAGCUUCCUACCAUGUUACUGCCGACGCCGAGACUGAUGAAAAAAUAGCAGAAAUUACUUGCGACUCCUGUGCCCUAGGUAAACCACCCGCCUGCGCUGUAUGUAAACACGACAAUUCGUCUGAUCCAAGCAGAGAGGAACUUGUUGUUUGCAAUAUGUCCCAAUGCUCCAAAGUAUUCCAUCCCGCCUGUUGCAGGUAUUGGCCACAAGCGAAAUUGACCAAAUCAAAAAAUAAGAUUGAAUCGUUUCGCUGCCCAUCUCACGUUUGUCAUACUUGUGUGUCAGACGAUCCCAAGGGCAAGUUUCAACAUUUACGAAAUUCGAAACUUACAAAAUGCGUAAAAUGUCCUGCCAGUUAUCAUGUGGACUCUACGUGCAUACCGGCAGGCUCACAGAUACUAACUGCAGCACAUAUCAUUUGUCCCCGCCACAGCAAAUCCGGUAAAACCGACGGGCACGUGAAUGUCAGUUGGUGUUUCAUUUGCGUGGGUGGCGGGCAAGUUAUUUGUUGUGAAACAUGUCCCACUGCUGUGCAUGCAAAGUGUUUAAAUAUCACGCUAGACCCAAGUGAAGGAUACAUUUGCGAGGAGUGUGAGUCAGGUCGUCUGCCAUUGUACGGAGAAAUGGUGUGGGCCAAGUUCACUUCGUUUCGAUGGUGGCCGGCAAUCAUUUUACCACCCACGGAAAUACCACAAAAUAUUAGACGGAAGUCGCAUAAUCCGCAUGAUUUCGUCGUUCGUUUCUUUGGUACACAUGAUCAUGGGUGGAUCUCUAGACGGCGGGUCUAUCUUUAUUUGGAAGGCGACAGUUCGGAACCACCUAAAACAAAAUCAAGUUUAGACCAGAGCUAUAAUAGAGGUGUAGAAGAGGCGAAACGAAUUUACGAAAUUAUAAAAUCCAAGAAGCUCGCACAACGUUUAACCAAUGAGAGCAAAGAAAAGUUACACCCACAGCCGUAUGUGCGAAUAAAGGUCAAUCGCGCCGUCUAUCCCGUUAAGCUGCAUAUUGACUUGGAAAAGGUGAGCAAAUGCGAAUGCAAAAUGGACGACGAAGAUCCCUGUGGACCAAAUUCAAACUGCUUGAACCGCGUUCUCUAUCAUGAGUGCAAUCCAAAGGUGUGUCCUGCGGGCGAGCGUUGCCAAAAUCAAAUGCUCGAAUCUAGAUUGUCACCACGUCUUGACGUUGUUUAUCUGAAAGAACGUGGUUUCGGUUUGGUGUGUCGGCAACCAAUAAGUGCAGGGGAUUUUAUCAUCGAAUAUGUUGGUGAAAUUAUCGAUGACAAUGAGUUUCGGCAAAGAAUGUCACAGAAGUCUUUGGAUCGUGAUGAGAACUUUUAUUUUCUAUCUGUGGAGAAGGAUUAUAUUAUCGACGCGGGGCCAAAGGGAAAUUUGGCUCGUUUCAUGAAUCAUUCAUGCGAUCCGAAUUGUGAGACACAGAAAUGGUCAGUGAACGGUUUGAAUCGCAUAGCACUUUUUGCUAUCAAAGAUAUACCAGCGAACACAGAGCUUACUUUCAACUAUCACUGGGAUGAUUUGUUAGGAAAUGAGAAAAAAAUUUGCUUGUGUGGCGCAGCCAAAUGUGUAGGAGUAAUUGGCGGCAAAAACAAAGAAGAAAAAUUCCUCAAACAGCAGAGUCCUGCAAUGGAGGUCAAUAAGACCAAGUCUGGUACUACACGCAAGAGAAAGCCAUUGAAAAAGUUGCAGAAUCGUGCUCGGGGAGGUAAUGGGGAAAAAGCAAGCAAAAAGCGAACGAAUGUUACUGUGAAGAUUGAACCUCAUACAGGCAAUGAAUUGGCAGAUAAGCAAAAAAUCGAAGUUGUAAGUUCUUCAUCGCCGCAAGGUAUUAACGCCAACGAUAUCACUGCCCAUGACGAAGAAAAUGACAAUCGUACAAAUAUAUCUUGAUAUAAAUAUUUUCCAUUCGCAAAUCGUUUCAUGUAUAGAGAUAAUAUAACAAAAUUCUGUUUAUAACGUGAGUAAAAAUUCUAUUUUUAAAAACUGUAAA